CGAGUCUCGAAAGCAAAAAUAAAAAAGAAAAUGCCUGGGGAGAAAGCAAGUAAUGAAUCUCAUUCUUUUGAUUCCACCACGCAGUUAAAAGUUGGAUUGUUGCAGAUAUUUCACUUAAGUAUCCUGCUGACUUAAAUGCUUAUGAAUUCACAUCAGAAAUAGAAAGCUUCAAAUUGCAAAGUAAAACACAGCAUGAAAAUUUUAUUGAAAUGGGGCGCUUGGAAAUUUCGCAAGGUAUUUAUAACCUAUCCGUAGAAAAUAUUUAUCCAAACAUACAGAAGGCCUUGAGAAUAUUCCUUAGCAUCCCAGUGACAAUAGCUACGUGCGAAUGUUCGUUCAGGAAACUUAAGCUUGUGAAGUCAUAUUUACGUUCUUGUGUAGGGCAACAACGGACUAACAAAUAUGUCUAUAAUUUCAAUUGAAAAAUCGACUGCAAUACAUUUAAAUUAUGAUGAGAUUAUAAACAUAUUUGCUGAAUUUAAAUCUAGAAAA